CUGAAGGGGAGCGACUGCUGUUUGAGUCUAAUCAGCCUGAGUUCAGCCCCCCGGGUCAGCACCCUCUCUCUCUCUCUCUCUGCGCAGCGCACAGGACAGACUGACAGCAGGAGGCACGGCGAGGGUUUACUGAUCAAAUCGGGACUUGACACGUCUGUGAAAGUGGACUAGAGAGUGGGACAAACAACGUCACCGUUUAACCCACGGACUAAUCUCCCCAAGAAGGCGGGGGUUGGGCUCUUAUCUUUUGAAGGAGUACCCCUUAUUUAAACACACUCCUCCUCAGCAGCAUCCUGAGCAGGUCUUCUAGGCAUUUCCACUGUGAACGAGCCACAGGUUGAGCCGCAGUAGUGUGAAGGCGAGUGAAGCCCACCAUGCCGAGCAAAAGCCAGUAUCUGCGCCCCCGGCUGUGCACGCUGGAGAAGGGGGACAACGGCUACGGCUUCCACCUCCAUGGUGAGAAAGGUAAGACGGGGCAGUUCAUCCGGUUAGUGGAGCCCGACAGCCCGGCUGAAACCUCAAGGCUGCGCGCAGGAGACCGGCUUGUGUUCGUGAACGGGGAGGACGUGGAGAACGAGAGCCACCAGCAGGUCGUGUCCCGGAUACGGGCCACCGUGGGCCUGCUGGAGCUCAUAGUGGUGGACCCGGACACGGAACAGCUGCUGAAGAAACACAACAUGAAGUGUCUGAAGGAGUAUGUCACCGAGGGUGUCCCGAUACCCUUCGACGAGGAGGAGGAAGAGGAGAAGGAAGAGGAGGUGGUGGUGGUGGUGGCGGAGGAGAAUGUGGACUUAGACGGGACGGACCACGGGGAUGAGCGGCGCGCCAAGAGGGACGAGGAGGAGGAGGCGGAGGCGGAGGAGGAAGAGGGGACACCUAGGGAGGUCACGCCGGUCUCUGAGAGUAUGCCUAACGGAGAAAUCCACCGGCACGUCGAGAAAAAACUGAGCAUCAACUCUGAGAAGGAGGUAUGCACUGAACUGCGGCCACGUCUCUGUGUGAUCCAGCGAGGCUCAAACGGAUAUGGCUUCAACCUACACAGUGAGCGGGCGCGGCCGGGCCAGUACAUCAGAGCUGUGGAUGAAGACUCUCCAGCAGAGAGGGCAGGUCUGCUGCCCCAGGACAGGAUAGUACAGGUGAAUGGUGUGUCAAUGGAAGGGAAGACACAUUCAGAAGUAGUGGCUGCCAUUAAAGCCGGCGGGAAUGUGGCCCGUCUGCUGGUGGUGGACGUCGAAACAGACGCCUUCUUCAAGAAGUGCCGAGUGGCCCCCACCUCUGACCACCUCACCGGUCCACUGCCUGAGCCUGUCAUUAAUGGAGGGAUGGAGGAGAAGGUGAAUGGUAGAGGGGCCAAAGAGGCAGAGAGGGACUCAAAACUGUCAGUCAGUCCUUCCCCAUCCAGCACCUCGUCCAAUGCCUCGCUCACAACCCCGACCACAAGCACCCCACCUGAGGUACGUCACAGGAAAUACUCUGCGUGGCAUAAACAUAAUGUGCAGCACGUUCUGCAUGUUCUCCAUCUCCAUCUUUUCUGUUUGUUUUUCAUUAUUCAGGGUUUUAUUGCGGACGCCAUCCCAGCGCUCAACCUGUCCUUGCAGCAAGUCAAAGAGCUGGCCCACCAGAAGCGCUCAAACAAGAGGGCUCCGCCCAUGGACUGGACCAAGAAAAAUGAACUCUUCAGCAACCUAUAGAGCACCUCUCUCACGCAGAUUUUAUAUUCUUACAAAGAGAAAGACAUUUUUUAUUGCCAUGACACCAAAAGAGCAGUUUAACCAUCGGCCGUUCUGUAAAAAAUAGUAUUCUUAUUAUUAUUACUCCCCAUGUUAUUGUAAUCCCGAUAUUAUAUUGUAUAUGUAUUAUGUGCUACUAACAUGAAAGAUGCAUAUGCCAAUGAAAGAUAACUGGACCACGUUGAAAAUGUGUGUGUGGACCCUGACAGUCCCUGCUGGCCAGAGUCUGGUGCCUGUGGAAAACAAGAAGGAGUUGCUCGUCAUUCUAAGUUUAAUGAUCCGCUCCUCCGUCUGCUUAAAUGUCUUUUAAAGGUUUUCACUAACAUUUAAAAGGUUCAAGUGUCUUCAACAAAGGGACCAGCCAAAGUUAAACCAGCCUGACAAUCAUCAUUUGUCUCUAGUUUACCUUAUUAGUUUUUAGGGAUCAAACAUCUGAUGCAGAACUGAAGUUAAAUUCACUUUCACAUAAUUUAUUUCAUGAACAGGAAUGUUUUCAGUGUGUUGUGAUAUGUAAAAAAGUAAAAAUGAUCCCAAAAUAAGGUAUUGCUUUCUUCAUAAAAUGAUUUCUAACAUGAAACGCCUUUUCUGAGGGGGAGGGGAUACUUUCUCAUGGCUUUAAACUUUAUCAUGUAUAUUUUUACAUUGUUCCACUCUCUGAAAUGAAAAUGAGUUCAGCUUAACCGUGCGUAUACUUUGAAAUCACCUUUUAUUAAAUGUGAACUACAGUUUAUUAUGUAACUUAUACCGUCCUUACUUUGCCUCAUGCCCUCUGUGAAUGCCUGUUCGGUUCACAUUUUGAGCUCAUGGGAUAUUUUUAUUGCUCCUGGAGAAAAACUCUGUGAGAUUUUUACGCAUUUCUAUCUACGUCUUAAAAACAAUAAUUACGAUGAUGUGUAUUUUAGAAGAAUGUCCGUGCUUCACUAGAUUCGAUGCAUUUGUCCAUUGUUGAGAAUAGUGAUGAUUUUUCAAGAUGAAUGAUUGAAUUGAAUUGAAUUAUACGAACAGUCUUUUGUGGUGAUUUCUAUACUGUAAUAAAUCAGUCAUCACAACAUUA